AUGAUGAACAUGAAUAUCAAAGAAACAUUUGUUUUACUCUUUUCAUCUUUCUUAUUCCUAACUUGUGGCUAUGCACAAGAUACUAUUGUACCAGCUAUCAUCACAUUUGGUGACUCUGCAGUGGAUGUAGGGAAUAAUAACUACCUUCCUACUCCUUUUAAGGCUAACUACCCUCCUUAUGGGAAAGAUUUUGUUAAUAAACAGGCUACUGGAAGGUUUUGCAACGGCAAAUUAGUUACUGAUAUUACAGCUGAAACACUUGGUUUUAAGAGUUCUGCACCUGCAUAUCUCAGUCCACAGGCAUCAGGGAAGAACCUCCUUACUGGAGCAAGCUUUGCUUCAGCUGGAUCUGGUUAUGAUGAAAAGGCUGCUAAAUCGAAUCAUGCACUUCCAUUGUCCCAACAGUUAAGUUAUUUCAAGGAAUAUCAAGGCAAGUUGGCAAAGGUUGCUGGCAGUAAAAAAGCUGCAUCAAUUAUCAAGGGUUCAUUGUACAUAUUGAGUGCUGGAAGCAGUGAUUUCGAACUAAAUUAUUAUGUUAAUCCUUGGAUCAACAAAGCAAUCACCGUUGAUCAGUAUUCAUCUUACCUACUAGCCUCAUUCAACACCUUCAUUAAGGGUUUGUAUGGAUUAGGAGCUAGGAAAAUUGGAGUGAAUUCACUUCCACCAUUGGGGUGCCUACCAGCUACAAGGACUUUAUUUGGUCACCAUGAGAAGGGUUGUGUCACAAGAAUCAACACUGAUGCACAAGGAUUUAACAAGAAAAUCAACUCAACUGCAUCAAAUCUUCAAAAGCAACUUCCUGGUCUUAAGAUUGUGGUUUUCGAUAUUUACAAGCCUCUCUACGACCUCGUUCAAAACCCCUCAAAUUUCGGUUUCGCUGAGGCAGGGAGAGGUUGUUGCGGUACAGGAACGGUAGAGUUAACACCAUCAGUAUUGUGCAAUUCGAAAUCAACAGGAACUUGUUCUAAUGCAACUAAGUAUGUGUUUUGGGAUAGUGUUCAUCCUUCAGAAGCUGCUAAUCAAGUUCUAGCUGACUCUUUACUUCUACAAGGCAUAUCUCUCAUCACAUAA